AUGGGGAACGGCUUCGUCAUGAUCGUCUCCGACGUCGGCGGCAGCAGCCGCUUCGUCUCCGGCGACAUGGCGCUCGUGCAUAGGUUCAGCUCGUGUUUCUUCCCGUCACAGUGGCUGUUCACGCCGCCGCGGAGGCGCAGCGACGGGCCGUUUGCUACAUCCAUCUGCGCGCGCUACCGUCGCAUGACUGACGCGAGUGGGGGGGCCAAGCGCGAGCGCCGCGCGAAUGCGAGCCGGCCGCGCCGACACAAUCACUAUCAGCUGAUUCCGUGGAAACUUAUGGAACGACGCGUGACGGCGAUAUUAGCGUGUAGCUCUGUCUCGCUCUUC